ACCGGUAGUUACACGAUUCCCGACGAGCAGAAAAAUCUAAUUCACACCACUGCUAUAAAACUUUAAUCUAGUUUUAUCUAAUAUUUAUUUGUUGUUUAAAAUAACACAAAAUUCUAUUUCAUACGUAUUUCAGUUGCAAUGGCUCCAACUUUUUCAACUGAUUUGUGACUGUAUCACGAAUAUUUCUGGCAACCAUUUGUACAAGUAUAUUUUCAGGGGAAGUCCCGAUUGUCACAAAGUAAACAAAAAUGUCCUGACUAAGCUCGCAGUCACGCGCACAUCAUCGCUUACUGACAUUUGCAGAUUUGGGCUCGCAUAGGUAUUUCAGUGCCUUACGCAUAAGAAAGAGAUAACUACGGGAAAACAUAUGGAAAUAAUAUGGCAUCCAAAACUGAACUGACGUAUCGAUUGCUAACAGACGAAGACUUGGAUGAAGUAAUAAAAUUCAUACAAACACAUUUCAUUCCCUUCGAACCUUUGAGCGCUGCUGCAAAUGUCAAAGCAGAAGAAGAAAAGGAAUUUCCGCGCAUUUUAAUCAAGAAUUCACUUUGGCAAGCUGCCAGCAUUGGGGCGUUUGAUAAUUCUACUGGUGAACUAUGUGCUGUUCGAGUCAAUAGUCUUGGAAAGAACAAUGAUCGACUUGUGCCAGAAGACGAAAGCAUGUCGACUGCUAAAAUGCAUAAAGUCCAACGUAUUUUAAGAGCUAUCAAAGGAGGCAUGUUGAAAAAUGUAGUCGGAACUGAAAAUUACAUGGAACAUAUAUUCGUAUCUGUCAACCAAGCCUAUGCAAAAAGAGGAAUAGCAACAGAAUUGUACAGAAGGUCUGAAUUACUAGCUAAUCAACAUGGAUGCAAGAAACUCAUUGCAAUUUGCUCAAACAGCUAUACGAGACGUAGCACAGAAAAAAUUGGGUACAAGUUAAUCAAUGAGAUCAAGUAUGAUAAUUAUAUUGAUGAGGUAACUGGUGAGAAGCCUUUUGCCAACAUGAAAACACCUCAUUCGACAAUAUCUCUUGUUGUAAAAACACUGUAAUUAAUGUAAUAUCAAUGGUAGGCUAUAUAUCAAAUUAAUUUAAACUAAUAAUUUUUACUAGCAAAGCAACUGAAGCUGAUUUGUGGUUGUGUGAACUCAACAUGUUUAAUCAAUACAUUUGAAUCUGUAAGCAACAUCACAAUUGUAAAGCACUGUAUCAUAAUAUUUCAAUGUAUGCAGAGUAGUAAAUCGAACUUCCUUGGUUUUGGUGACCACAUAUUUACUUUCAUACCACGUGCAUAUUUUCACUUUAAUGUAGCAAAGUUUCACUUCUUCCAUUUCAUAUUCACAUUUUGAUAUUGUGCUUGCGAUAUUUUAUUGCGUUUCUUCAGAAUUAUAAAUUUAUUUAACUACCUAAUUUAUUUACAUGAUUGCGAUAUCUAUUGCACUGUAUUCUUGAUUCCCGUUUUCAUCAUAAUAUUGCUUGAUUUUUGCGAUGAUCUUCAGCUUUACCUAUCAUAUUAUAAUUUAAUCAUUUAUAUAUAGUAUUUUAACACAUUUAAUAACAAAUAAAUAAACCUAAUAAUAUUAAACUAAAAUGCUAAGUGUCGGCACAAAAUUAGUGUGAUGGGGUUGAGGAACAUUAGUGUUAUAAUCAAUAUAUGUGUUGAAAAUGCAGCUCUUACCGCACUUUUCACCAUACUGCUUUCGUAUAUAUAUGUUCCGACAGGUUCGGCCCAAUA